GGUGCUGUGGGGCUGCUGCUGGUGCUGGAGCGCACGGUCGGAGGAGUCAGGUUGUAAAACUCCUGCGGAAUUUUAAUUGAGUGCAGACCCCUGGGCUGGGGAUCAGGUCUGAGGCCACUUUAUUCCGAAGGUGGGGUUUGUGCGAGGCAUCGAAAGGCUGUGCAGGAUUCCUCAAAACCCUGGACUGGCCAACCAGAAUGGAUGCUGGAGAAUUUGAAGAGGUGAAUGUGCCUGAAGAAAAGGAGCCACUAAAGAAUGACCUCAAUUUACUCAAAAGGACAUCAUUGGAUAUUAUUGAUAUUGGAAAAGGCUUGAAAAUGCAGUCAGAACGACCUCACCUGGUCAGCCUCGGAAGGGGACGCCUCAGUAUUGCCAUCACGUUGUUGCCAAUUAAUGAAGGUGAAACAAAGUUUGGUCUUGAAGAUGCUCCUGAACCCCAGGAUAUUAUAUUACAAGGACCAGAUGUAGCAACAGAGCACUGUUAUAUCGAAAAUAUAAAAGGAUUGGUAACAUUGUAUCCCUGUGGAAGUCUUUGUACUAUGGAUGGAUUUUUUAUAACUCAACCAACAAAACUGACACAAGGCUGUACACUGUGCCUGGGCCAAUCAAACUAUUUUCGCUUCAACCAUCCUGCAGAAGCUAAUCGUAUGAGGAACAUGCGACCAGACAUUGAAGAAACUUCAAUCUCUUCACCUAGCUAUGUGCCAGAUUCUUCCAACACAAAGGAAUGCUGGCAGUCAAAACAUAACUCAAACGUGAGGCCUGUUGGACAAGAAAUUAGUUCCUUUGAUUAUGAUGAUGAAAAUGAUGGCCACAAUAUGGAUACUGUAAUAAAAAAUGGUAAACCUCUUGUUUACACUGAGAGAACAAUUCCACCCCCUUCACAGAGUUUCUCAACAAGUCCCAGUGCUCUACCUUUUUUACCAGUUAAUAGGAACAUUGCACCAUCAUCAUCUUAUUCACCACAAUCAUUUCCUAUGAUAAGCAAACAAUCUUUGAGUGACUUCUAUCAUCCGUUUUCCAUUGAAUCUCCAGCUUAUACACACAGUUAUUCCUCUCCGCCAAUAGCUUCUGGAUCACAAAUGGCAAUGACAAUUGAUCCUUAUUUUGGAAGGAGGAAAGAAUAUGUUACCAGCUCAAGAGGUCAAGCUUCCAGUCAAAGCUUCAGUCCCAGAAAUGUGUUUCCAGAAAACCAUUUAAGAUUGGAUGUAUGGGAUAACAUGAAGUCAUCUGAUGAUGCCCCUUUGAGCCCACUGGAAGAUAGAUUUAUUCCUGUUACUGGUCGACAUGGGACGGAGUCUGCAAGCAUGCCUUCUAGUCCAAGACUUGCUCGAAAGUUAAAUCUUCUAUGUGGACCAACUGGUUAUUCUCUAUCUGGUAGAGAGAAGGAAGCAAUGAGCGAAGCUGCCUUUGGAUCUCGGUCCAGACCGAGGAGAGUCUCUGAGAAUUCCCUCAAACAAAUGGGACUGUACAGUCGUUCCCUUCCCAGGCUACAUAAGUCUGGAGAGAGCCAUUUGGUUCCAUUCAGUCUUACUUCAGGGCGGUCACCGGAGAGUCCUAAAAUGUGGAGCAGUUCAGAUGAAACCAGAGAGUUGGGUCCAAAACAUUUUUCUAUACCAAUGAAAGAGUCUCUGAAUUAUACUCAUUCAAACCAAAUACUUCUACCACUUUCAAGUUCGCCAGUGGAAAUGCAGGGUGAAUAUAAUCUUGCAAGCAAUAUUUCCAUGAGUCCUAGGAAUGCUAAAAAGAUGACUUUGACUUCAUCCCAUCCAUAUGGGAAAAAGGACCAUCUGUUCACUUUUGAUCAUGGCAGGAAAGAGUUUCAUAAUGGAAGUGGCUCUUGCCUUUUCAAACCCAUUGAUAUGCUUGUGUCCUUGAGUAAGAGCAUUCCAAGCAGCCCUUUGGAUUUUAGUGCCAGUGAUAUGGAAAACAUCAAGAUGAUGCAAGAAGUGCAGCAUUCGGUGUCACCUCCAUUCCGUAAGAGAACGAACAGCAUCAGUUCUGUCAGUGGAAAUGAAGAGGAUUUAAUGGAUUACCAUCAAAGACAAAAGGAAGAGCGACUUCGUGAACAAGAAAUGGAACGCUUGGAACGCCAACGUUUAGAAACAAUUCUGAAUCUUUGUUCAGAAUACAGUAAAUCGGAUACUGAUAACACUGUGGCUGCUGUGACCAAUAUUGAGAAGAUCAGUGAGGAGUUACACAAGUUAACACUAUCACAAAACAAAUCUGUGUCGCCGCCUCCGGAAAGAAAGGAGCAUAGUUUUGAUGAAGCUGAAGCUAAGACCUAUAUCAGAACCUCACACAGUUCUCCAUCCAUGUCUGAUUUUAGUCCAUCAAAGGGAAGAAGAUCAAUGAAACAUUCAGGUCCCAUUGACCUGGAGAGCAAUAAAGAGUUAAAUCACACUCGUGAUUGGAGGUUUUUGCAGCAAGCACCUUGCACCUCAGCAGAAAACUCUCCAAAACAUCCAGCUGAUUCCCUGUCUUAUUCUCUGGAACUUCAGAAGAAUGAUUUUGAAGGGCAGUUAAAUCCAUUUGGCUCUAGCAUGGACAGCAAUGUCACUGACGAUGGGGAAUGCAGAACGUUGGUUGAAAGGAAUGUGAAGGAAAAAAUUAUUCAGAUGGAAGAAGAGUGCAGACGAAUACUAAACAAUGUGGAAGAAAUCCAGCAGAAGGUCAAAGAUCUGGACAAUCAAAUGGCUGAGUCUUCACAAGAGAUGGAGAUGGAACGUGCUUUGUUGGAAGGGGAGCAGGACUCUGAAACAACUCAUAUUCAACAUGAGAAAGAUGUGUUGGGUCAGCUACACAGAAGGAUAGCUGAUCUGGAAGCUAGUGCCAAUUCUGAAAAGGCUAAGGAAAAAACAAAUUUGAAAGCUGAGAAAGAAAAGAUAGAAAGGCUUCAAGAUCUUUACUCUGAGUUGAAGACCCAGCUUCAUAACUGUCCAGAGUCCAUGAGAGAGGGUUUGCAAGAACAGUUGAAGAGGGGUGGUGAACAGUUAGAUAUGGAGGUGAAACGAUACGAAGAUUUUGAGUUUCAGCAACUUGAACGAGAAAGCAAGCUUGAAGAAGAAAAGGAAAAUAAUUCAAAACAACUUCUUGGUGAAAUUGGUGAAUAUCAGCACAGCAUAGAGACAAGAGAGAAGAAACUCACCUUGUUCAAAAACCAGGUCAAUCAGAUCGUGCAGCAAGCUGAGCUGGAACGUGAACAGUUUUUGAAAGAGAAGAACAAUUUACUAGUGAUGUUACACAGGGAAAAAGAAAAUCUUCUUUAUCUGGAGAAGACGUAUUGUGAUACAACAGGAGGAAGAGGGCUUCCCAUCAAUUCAAAUAUACUUAAGGAGAACUUCCGAAUCCAGGAAGAAAGAAAGAAACAUCAAAAGGAGGGACUGUACCUGAGUGACACUAUUCCCAGGAAGAAAAACAGCUUGGCCAUUUCAUCCCAGUUUAACAGUGCAACACUUGGUCGCAAUGUUACUUCCAAGGCUCAUUUACCAUUGGUGCAGAGCAACAGCUGUGGUAGCAUGCUUGUUCACAACAUGACUGCUGUUGGGAAAGACUCAGAAAACAGGAGGCAUCAGGGACAAAAAGGAAAAUCCAAAAAAGGAUCAGCCACUCAUUCCAAAGGGUCUCAUAGAAAAGGGCACCGUCAUCAUCAACUGAAUGAAGAACAGCGGCAGAGAAUCCUAGCACAAUCCAGUAAUUAUUUAGAUAAUUCCCAUCUCACUGACAAUGGAUACAAGGACAGCACAUUUGAGACUUUAAGCCUGGAUAGUUCUGACAGCAUGGAGACCAACAUAUCUGCUUGUUCUCCUGACAACAUUUCAAGUGCGAGUACCUCAAAUGUUGCUAAAAUUGAAGAAAUGGAACGACUUUUAAAGGAGGCCCAGGCGGAAAAGGCAUGGCUAAUAGAAACAAAGGAGCGAGAAAUGGAAGCAAAAAAGCAAGCUUUGGAAGAGGAAAAGCGUCGACGAGAAGAUCUUGAAAAGAGACUGCAAGAGGAAACACAGCGCAGACAACAGCUCAUUGAUAAGGAAGUCAAGAUGAGGGAGAAGCAGAGGUCACAGGCUCGGCCUUUGACCCGCUACCUACCAGUUAGGAAGGAAGACUUUGACUUGCGAAGUCAUAUAGAAACAGCAGGUCACAAUGUGGAAACGUGUUAUCAUGUGUCUCUCACAGAAAAGACAUGCAGAGGAUUUUUGAUCAAAAUGGGUGGCAAAAUUAAAACUUGGAAAAAACGCUGGUUCGUUUUCGACAGAACCAAAAGGACACUUUCAUAUUAUGCAGAUAAACAUGAAACUAAAUUAAAAGGGGUCAUAUACUUUCAAGCUAUAGAAGAGGUCUAUUAUGAUCACCUGAAGAGUGCACACAAGAGCCCGAACCCUUCGCUUACGUUCAGUGUAAAGACUCGAGACAGAAUUUACUACAUGGUUGCACCAUCUCCCGAGACCAUGCGAAUUUGGAUGGAUGUCAUUGUAACAGGGGCCGAAGGUUAUACUCAGUUCAUGCUAUAAGCACAGAGUGCGCCAUUAUUUCAACCUCAUUUUGCAUGUAAAGCUGUGAGUUUUCAUUAUAGCUAAAGGCAGGUCUUCUAAUUAAUAACAAAUAUAUUGUUAUGAUUUUAUCUACAUUAGCUUAUAUUUCUGACAAUCAUACCCCCUUAUAAUUAUUAAAGUAACGGGUUAAGAUGCAGUAGCCAAUUUUUAACUGAAGGCUGCCUUACCAAUUUUCGAUAAAGCAUUAAAUGGUUUGCAUAAAAUAUAGUUCAACUAUAUCACAGAAUAUAAACUGCCAUUAAUAAUUUGAUAAACAUGUCUAAAAUUAUGACAAAUGGCAAGAAUGUCUUUGUGUGCUGCAUAAGCUGCUACAAUGUUAUGUAAUAAGGAAACUUUUUUUAAUGCUUUCUCCAAAAAAUAAUCAUUUUUAUUUUGAGAUAAGUAACACAUUUUCAAAAUAAGAAUUGUAAUGUUUAGUUUGAAGGUUCAUGUUGUUAGAUAUAUUUUGGUUUACAAAUCGCAAGCUCCAAUUCGAUGUUUUGCAAGAAGAGCAGCUAAUUCAGCAGUUUAAGUGCGGUGUUAUUCAUAGGGAAAAAAAAUCAUCAGAGGGAUGUUGCACAGCUAUCGAGGCUGAAGCCACAGUACCAUUCAAAAGUGAAUUGAUUAAAUAUUUGAAGAGGAACAACGUGAAAGAACAUGGGGAGGGAGCAAGGCAUCAGGAUUAGAAUAGCUAGCUGCAGUGGAGGUGCUGGCACCAGCAGAGGUUUGAUGGGCCGAAUGUAAUUUAUAUGAUUCUAUUUUGAAUAAUCUUUUUGGACGGUCUUUAGUAAGAGCUUCAAGAGACAGUCUGCCUUCUCCCACCAUCUUUCACCGAGCUGGCUAUUUUUGUUAACCACACAAUCAUCAUAACCCUAAUGUAAACCGUUUCUAGUUUGCUGGACAGAAAUUCCUUACACGAGUUAACCAUUGUCUGGGUUAAAUUAUUGUGUAAUCCAAAGAUUCAAAGCUUUUAGAGCAAUUCUAUUAAUAUAAUAAUAAUCCUUGCAGUUGAUGUAGCCCCUC